AUGCACCCUGGAUGGGGUGGACGACCAGGAUAUGACCCACGACUCUCCGGCUUCAUGGUCCCACCGAUUCCGCCCGUGCCGGGCAUUCCUGUGGCUCCACCAUCCAUUGCAGCGCCCAUCCCGGUCAUGCUCCCGAGCCCCCCCGGAGUGCCCCUCGCGGCCACGCCCACGGUGGUGCCACCGAGCUUCACAGCGACCGGCCGGAGCCGUCCACCUUUGAGACGCUCCAUGAGGCUCAAAGACGUGCUGAGGAGGCGCGAAGCAACAUGGAGGAGGCCUGCCCUGGAGUCCGAGAUCAAGAGACGAGAAGAGGCGUCCUUAGUUUAA